AUGGUCAAGACUAAGAAGUCCGGUGACACCCUCUCCUCGCGCCUGGCGCUUGUGAUGAAGUCUGGCAAGGUUACCAUGGGUACCAAGUCCACCAUGAAGACUCUCCGCUCUGGCAAGGCCAAGCUCGUCCUCAUCUCCGGAAACUGCCCUCCUCUGCGCAAGUCCGAGCUUGAGUACUACGCCAUGCUCGCCAAGACCCCCGUUCACCACUUCAACGGCAACAACAUUGAGCUCGGUACCGCUUGCGGUAAGCUCUUCCGCUGCUCCGCCAUGGCUAUCCUCGAUGCCGGUGACUCCGACAUCCUGAGCCGUGAGGCUUAA